AUGAAGUUCGAUAUGAAAGUCAAAGGUUCGGAAACCGAUAUUCCUUCUAAUAUCCAUUAUUUACCUUCGGAAGAAGAAGCCCGAACUAAAAUAAAUCAAAUUAAAUCUGCUAAAAAUCUCGAUGAAGCCCAAGCUACCAUUGAAUUCUUAACUUCCUAUUUUAGCCUCAAACCUUUUAAAGUAGUUCCAGAAGUUAAUGAGUUUAACCGAGAAGUAGAAGGUUUAGACUUCCAAACUUAUUUCAAAACUGUUCUGGAACCCUUAAUUAAACAGUGUAAAUUUAAACCUACUUUUGCUACUCAAAAUAAUUAUCAGGAAUUAGGAAGGAAAAUAACUCAGGAAAUAAAUUCAGAAUUAUCUAAUAUUUGUUCUGGUUUUUCUUCUCUCUCUUCGGUUAGCAAACUUAACCAAUUAAUUAACAAUUUUUUAAGUAAAUAUUUACAAGGUAGUAUUUAUUCUGAGUUUAUUCAUGAUGAAUUAGGGCAACAGUUAGGAAUUAGUAAUCAUCAAAAAUUUGAUGGACAAAAAACUGGCAAUAAAUCGUUUAAUAGUCUUUUAGUAGGCUUAAUAAUAAGUAUAGUUGUCGGAGUUCUAAUAGGGGGAUAUACCAAAGGUGAUAAUGUAGCAGUAAAGAAUUUAGUUGGUUUAGGAAUAAUCUUAGUCGGUUUUAUUAUUGGCUGA